GCAGGCAAAAUGGGGAAACAGAACAGCAAGCUGACCCCUGAGGUGAUGGAGGAUCUGGUGAAGAACACAGAAUUUAACGAGCAUGAGCUGAAGCAGUGGUACAAGGGUUUCCUGAAGGACUGUCCCACCGGCCGGCUCAACCUGGAGGAGUUCCAGCAGCUCUAUGUCAAGUUCUUCCCUUACGGUGAUGCAUCCAAGUUCGCCCAGCACGCCUUUAGGACCUUUGACAAGAAUAGCGAUGGCACCAUCGACUUCAGAGAGUUCAUCUGCGCUCUGUCCAUCACGUCACGAGGCAGCUUCGAGCAGAAACUCAACUGGGCUUUCAACAUGUACGACCUGGACGGAGACGGCAAGAUCACACGGGUGGAGAUGCUGGAGAUCAUCGAGGCGAUCUACAAGAUGGUCGGCACGGUGAUCAUGAUGAAAAUGAAUGAGGACGGCCUGACGCCCGAGCAGAGGGUGGACAAGAUCUUCUCCAAGAUGGAUAAGAACAACGACGACCAGAUCUCACUGGAGGAGUUCAAAGAGGCGGCUAAGAGUGACCCGUCCAUCGUAUUACUCCUGCAGUGUGACCUCCAGAAAUAA